GGGGCCCACGCGGAGAGCGCGGCGGGGCUGCGCGCACGCUGGGGCGCGUGGAGGGGCGCGGAGGGCGACAUGAGUCUAGUGGGGGGCUUUCCCCACCACCCGGUGGUGCACCAUGAGGGCUAUCCGUUCGCCGCCGCUGCCGCCGCUGCCGCCGCCGCCGCCGCCAGCCGCUGCAGCCACGAGGAGAACCCCUACUUCCACGGCUGGCUCAUCGGCCACCCGGAGAUGUCGCCCCCCGACUACAGCAUGGCCCUGUCCUACAGCCCCGAGUAUGCCAGCGGCGCCGCUGGCCUGGACCACUCCCAUUAUGGGGGAGUGCCGCCCGGCGCGGGGCCCCCGGGCCUGGGGGGGCCGCGCCCGGUGAAGCGCCGCGGGACCGCCAACCGCAAGGAGCGGCGCAGGACUCAGAGCAUCAACAGCGCCUUCGCCGAGCUGCGUGAGUGCAUCCCCAACGUGCCCGCCGACACCAAGCUCUCCAAGAUCAAGACGCUGCGCCUGGCCACCAGCUACAUCGCCUACCUCAUGGACCUGCUGGCCAAGGAUGACCAGAACGGCGAAGCGGAGGCCUUCAAGGCGGAGAUCAAGAAGACAGACGUGAAAGAGGAGAAGAGGAAGAAGGAGUUGAAUGAAAUCUUGAAAAGCACAGUGAGUACCAACGACAAGAAAACCAAAGGGCGGACGGGCUGGCCACAGCAUGUCUGGGCGCUGGAGCUCAAGCAGUGAAGAUUUGGGGAAAAGAAGAGAGAGAAUGAGCGAGCCUGGGCCACAGCGCCAGAUGAAGACCCAGAACUCUUGGCAAACCCUCAGGCUCUGCUGGAGGACUUCUUGCAGUUGGCUCAUCCCGUUUAUUUAUGUGCAAUUUCCUUCCCCAUCUCUUUGCCCCCCACACCUUGAGGUAUCCGCUCCCGCCUCCCCCCUCCAAAAAAAGUGGAUAUUUGAAGAAAAGCAUUCCAUAUUUUAAUAUGAAGAGGACACUACCGCGUGGGUAAGGGAUCCCAUCGACUAGUAGAUUCUGUGUGCGUGAAUGUUGCCUCUUGGCUGUGUAGACACCAGCGUUACCCAGCUCCUUCCAGAUAAAGGCAGUGGACACUAGUGUAUAUGUGAAAUGUAUCUUUAAAACUUGGCCUUUGGGUAUAAAUAUUCCUGGCAAUUAUAAAGUUUUAUUUCAAAGCAGAAAACCGGGCCGCUAGCAUUUCAGCUGGGGGUUGAUAUCUAGUGCUGUCUUUUCCUAUGUGGUGGUUCUUUAUUCGAAAAUGUUUCCAACAGUACUUGUUUUGUGCACUUCCGUCCUCUGAAACUAAGUGGAAUUUAAUUAAUAUUGAAGAUGUAAACGUUGUAAGUAUUCAAUAAACCACUGUGUGUUCUUUUUUUUUUACAAAACCCUAAUCUUUUAAUGGUUGAUACCUCAAAAGUUUUGAAAACAAAGCUGUUAUACUUGUUUUCAUAAUAUUUAAAAUAUUCAGAAGUAAACUAAAUUAUCA